AUGGAGGGAAGAUUUGCAAAAAAAUCUGAUCCAAAAGCUCUUAUUCUAAAAUCUGAAGGCAUUAGAAAGGCUCAGAGUACCAAAGAAGGAAGUAAGAAAACAUUAACAAAAGAAGUCACAACAGCAGACUCUGCACAAUCCUUGAGCUCAAGGAACAAAAAGGAGCCAAAAGGAAAAGCAAGAUGGGCUGAAUUGGAGAAAGAAAAGCUAAAAAUGGAGGUCAAGGAAAAGGAGAAUGAUGUGUUAAAAAAACAGGAAGCCCAAGUAGAGGAGAGUUAUGAUCGAAAACUAGAAAUACAGGAGGAAUCCCAAGUAAAUAAGAGUGAUACCAGAAUACCAAAAGGACAGGGACUUCACACAAAGCUAAGUGAUACCACCAGAACACCAGAAGAACAAAGACCUCAAGUAAAGAAGACUGAAAGCGGAAUACCUAAAGAACAAGAAUCUCAAGUAAAGAGUGAUAUAGGUAUACCAAAAAUGCAGGAAUUUCCAGCAAAGAAAACUGACACAGACAUACUAAAAAGACAUGAAUCUCCAAUAAAGAAAAGUGAUACUGCAAUAUCGAAAGAACAGAAACCUCAAGUAAAGAGUGAUGCAGGCAUGCCAAAAGGACAGGAAUCUCCAGUAAAGAAAAGUGAUACGGAAAUACCGAAAGAACAACCAAAAAGCCAGGAAUUUCCAGGAAAGAAACAUGAAACAGGCAUAUCAAAAAGGCAGGAAUCUCCAGUAAAGAAAAGUGAUACUAGAAUACCAAAAGCACAGGAACCCCAAGUAAAGAGUGAUACAGGCAUACCAAAAAGUCAGCAACCUCCAGUACAAAAAAGUGAUACUGGAAUACCAAAAACACAGGAACCCCAAGUAAAGAGUGAUACAGGCAUACCAAAAGAUCAGGAAUCUCCAGUACAGAAAAGUAAUGCACGAAAACCAAAAGAACAGGAAUCUCAAGCAAAGAAAACUCAUAGCGGAAAAUCAAAAGAAAAGAAAUCCGACAAAGAAGGAAGCAGAAGUCAAGGGUUAAAAAAGCAGAAGUCCCAGCUAAAGGCAAAGGCAAGUAAAGAAAGGAAGCACAAUAAAGAGGUU